AUGAACAACAUAGUUAACUCCAUAAGUGUAAAAGGAAUUAAUGGAAAAAAGGAAGAAGAACAAACUUCAAGAAAGGAAAAACAUGAGCAGCAGCAGCAGGAGAAGAAACUUUUUCCACGUUACAACAUAUAUAAUGGGGAAAGAGCAAAAAAUAUAACAAGGGGCGCUGGAAAAGAGUAUAUGAAAAGAGCAUAUAACACUGUUCAGGUGAAUCAGGAAGAAUUGUUACUGAAUAUAUUGAAUAAGAAUAACAAUGAGAAUAAUUAUAGGUACACGAAUAACUGUACGAAUAAGACAUACAUAGGAAAAAUUGGAGGCAUAAAAAGGAAUGAGGUUAAAUGUAAUCUGCCUCACGUUACCUUUGAAGAGGAAAAAGAAAUUAUAAAAACAUACUACGAGUUUUAUAAUUUUACGAAAUUUCAAAACAUUGAUAAGUCUUAUAAAGGGAAUGACUUAAUAAAAUUUUUCAGCGAUAUGAAUAUUUUAAGAGAUUUAAAAAAAGAAAAAAUUAAAGUUCAAAAGAAGAAUGAUUUUUUAAAAAAGGGUAAAGGUAUAAUUCGAAAUUAUGAGCAACAAAAAAGGGAAAAGGAGAAAGAGAAAAAAAAAAAAAAAAAAUGUGCAACCAUUGAACAUAAUGUUAUGAGUAACUACAGUGAUAUAACGACAUCAAACAUGUUAAGCCUCGAAUGGAAGGACGAUGUUUCGAAGAACUAUUUAUUACAGUGUUGUAAUAACAGUUUAGCAGGAAAUCUUUUAAAUAUUCAUAACACAGAUUUUAUAGAGAUAGAAGACAUUUUUGAUGAAAAUAGAUUAAACCAGGUUAAAAAUCAAAAUUUUUGUUUUUAUAAAAAUAUUAAAAUUAAACAAUCAACAAGAAAUGAGAGUAGUAACAAGGAUGAACAUGCUGAUAAUAUAAAAAAAAAAAAUACCAAUGGUUAUGCUCUUCGUAAAGAAUACUUUACUCAUACCAAUUCCAGUAAUACUAACAUACGAAAGAGACAAGAACCUUCUCUGGAUGGAAUAAAAGAUGAAUAUAAUGGUAGGAGUACUUGUGGAAAUGCAGAAGAGGCAAAGAAUACUAGUAGAGACGCUAAAAAUAGUAGUAAGACACUCAGCGAGAAUGAUGAAGGAAGUGAUGGCUUUAUGCGUGAUCUCAAUAGGGAGAACAAAAGAAAUGAUGAUAAUGUCCGUAGCUACAACGAGGAAAAUCCUUACCACAAUGGUAGGGACAUUAGCUCCAACGAGGAAAAGCAUAACAACUACAGCAGUUUCCUUAGCUUGAGUGAGGCGAAGCAUAACAAUGAAAACAGUUUCCUUAGCUUCAAUAAGGCUAACGAUGAUGUGAGCUACGCUAGUAUUGACUUUAUUGAUAACUCAGAAAUGCACAUGAAAGUGGAAGAUAUUAAUAUAGUAGAGUGUGGAGAAGAUAACAACUUAAAGAAAAAAAAUUAUUUAAGAGAGUUAGAUGACUCAAGAGAUUUAGGGGAUUUGCUAGAAUUUAAGGAGUCAAAGAAUGUUCCUACUGAGGAUGAAUUCGAGGUGGACCUAGAUAAAGAAUUUAACUUUGAUGAUGAAGUUGAAGAGGAAUUGAAGGAAUUGGAGGAAGUGCAGGAAUUGGAGGAAGUGCAGGAAUUGGAGGAAGUGCAGGAAUUGAAGAAAGUGCAGGAAUUGAAGAAAGUGAACGAAGUGAGUCAAGUUAAUGAAGAAGAUAUGUAUAAAAGCAAAAUCUCAGGAUCGUUUGAGAAUAACAUGAAGAACAUAUCUCCCAUCUUACAGGAUGAUGCAAAAGACAAUGUACAUGAUUCAUUUUCAUAUCUAUGUUUUGGCAGUAGAGAUAAUUCGUUUGUAGAUGAUAAUAUGUCAGGGGUAAAGGAAAGUCACUGUGUGAAGAAUGAAGAUUAUUGUACAUUGAAAAAUGAUGAUAUACAAUUGUUCGAAGAGAUGAAUGAAAAAAGCGAGUAUACCAAGAAUGACAGCUUAAUAGACUUCUUCGAUGAAGGCGGAGUUAAUGCAGAUGAUGUUAAUUACGAAGAUGCUAAUGCUGACCAUGUUAAUGCCCGCAGUGCAUAUCUUUUUGAUGAAAACGACCUUGUGCAUUUGAAAAACAAAAAUUCAAGCAAGUACCUGCAGGAGGGGGAGAACAUAAUAAAUCUAAAGGAGGAUAAGAUGGACAGCUCCGAAAGGAUAAGCGAUUUAUUUGGGGAACUUGACAAUAUUGCAGAAAUGGAUAACGUUGAUGGAUUGGAUAACGUCGAUGGAUUGGAUAAGGUUGACGGAUUGGAUAAGGUUGACGGAUUGGAUAUCAUUGACGGAUUGGAUAAGGUUGACGGAUUGGAUAUCAUUGACGGAUUGGAUAAGGUUGACGGAUUGGAUAACAUUGACGGAUUGGAUAACGUUGACGAUUGGAUAACAUUGACGGAUUGGAUAACGUUGACGGAUUGGAUAACAUUGACGGAUUGGAUAUCAUUGACGGAUUGGAUAACAUUGACGGAUUGGAUAACAUUGGUUGACGGAUUGGAUAACAUUGACGGAUUGGAUAUCAUUGACGGAUUGAAUAACUUUGAUGGACUUGAUAAUAGUGACAAUCUUGACAAUUUUAGCGAGGGGGAGGGCAGAGACCCCCAUGGUAUGCACAACAUUUCUUCAAGGAAGGGUGAAAAGAAAGAAAGCUCCCUUCUAUACGAUUUGAUUGAAGACAAAGGGAACGAACUGAUUAUCGAAAACCAUGAUGAUAAUGGUAAUGAUAAUGAUUAUUUUAAUACGAUUCAUGAUAAUAAUGUUAAUGAUGAUGAUAAUGAUAAUAACGAUGACAUUGUUAAUGAUGAUGAUGACAACUUAAAUAAUGUAAAUUUACAUUUAAAUGAUGAACAGGUCAUGCUAAAAGGCUUCGAAUUAAAUAAAGAGAGAGGAGGAGUAUUUUUUAAUAAUAGCAUGUACACAUGUGAAAAUUAUCUGCAUGAAACAAAUGAUAUAUAUUAUAACAACACAGAGAAUGAGUUUAGGAAGAAAAAAAAUAAAAAUGAAUAUGAUUUUUUUAAAAAUAUAUACAAAGACUAUUAUAACUGUUCUUGUCCAUAUGAUGAGCUUUAUUUAUUUGGAAAUAAUAUUGUAAAUAAUGUAUAUAUAUUUAUAUUAUUAAAUUAUAAAUAUAUAAAAAAUUAUAAUUAUGAUUACUCAGUGUACCCUUUUAAUAAUGAGGAUUACGCACAGUAUGUUUUUAAAAACAAAUGUGCGGAUAAGAAUAUAUUACAUAAUGAAAAUAUUAUAAAUGAUAUAUUUAAUAUAAAUGAAAAUAACAAUCGGUGGAGCGAGAGGGAACGAAUGUCGUUAAUAAGGAGGAAGAGAAGAGCAUACCAUAGGGGAUAUGACAGCGGCAGUGAUAGUGGUAGUUGUAAAGAUAGUGAUGGAGAAAGUGAUAGAGGAAGUGCCAGCGGCAGAGAUAGCGCUCUCAAUGACAACAUGAUGAUAAUUAGAAAUCGAAUAGACAACGACGACUCCGUUUCGGUCAUAUGUAACAAUAACACACGCGCAGUUAGUGGUAAGCAUAUUAUCAACAACAAUGGUAAUAAUAAUAAUAAUAAUAAUAAUAGUAUUAACAGUGAUAAUCAUAGUGCCAAUAAUAAUGGUAAUAAUAAUGGUAUUAUUAACAGUAAUGAUAAUGAUAAUGGCAAUAGGAACGGUAUCAGAAGCAGAAGCGGCAAUGUUCUCUGUAACAGUGGAUCUGAUGGUAAUAAUAACAGUAAUAAAAUUUCAUUUGGUAUGUCGAGAAGGACGAACGAACCAUUCUACGUGUAUCUGGAAAAGUAUGGAGAUAUUUUGAAUUGUCGAAAUAAUGAAGCCUAUGGUGAUGGUAUUUACUUAUACAAUUUUGCACAUGUAUUGAAAGAUGUUCUCUUAAACAAUGAUAGAACAGGAUUAAAGAAGAGCACAUUAUUAGAAAGAAUAAACAGAAAAUUAUUGGAUGAGAUUAAAAAGAAUAACAACAUUUCGUACAUGUUAAAAAAUUUAUUUUUAAGGGAAAAGCCCGUCUCAGAUGUGUUACUUAAGUGUAUGAUCUACUCGCAUGAGGAAUAUAAAUCUUUUAGGAGUGUGGAACACCAUGCCUGUAUUCUAAGGGGUAGAGGUAACGAAAAUGAAAAAAAUGGUAGCAGCAUAAAUGGUAUUAAAAAAAAUGUUAAGAGCAGAAGCGAUGCUUUUGGUAGCACCCUUUCCCUUUUGAUGAGAAACGAAGUGAAUAGCUCCAGUCAAACACAGGAGAAUGUAUUUAUAGAGAAUAAGAAAUCAAGAAUAAAGACUGCAGAAAAGAUUUUAAGCAAUGUAAAAAAUAUUAUGUUUUUUUCUAAUCUAAAAGUAGAUGGGUUUUAUAAAAAGAGAAAUCCUCAUGAAAUAGAAAAUAUGAUAGUGUCAUUUAACAAUGUAUUUAUUCAUACAAGAAUGACGAAUGAUUACUUUUACAGCUAUGAACUUUCAAACAAGAAGGGAAUAAUAGCCUUUUCCAGAUUCCACAAAUUAGACUUUAGAACAAGUAUAGAAAAAUUCUGUCAUUUGGGUGAAUAUGCAAAUUUUAGGAAAGAACAGGAAGGGGGAAGGGAAGUGAAAAGAGGAGAGGAAAUAGAACAUGAACUGGAAAGAGAAGAAGAUGAAGAGGGAGUGAAAGUGGAAAGGGAAAUAAGGAAAGAAAAAAACGAAAUAAAUAGAGCUCUUUUAAAUUGGAACUCCAUUGAACGUGAAAUACAAAAGAUGUAUUCCUUUAACAAAGGGUGUAGGCAUUUUUUUAAGAAAAAAAGAAGCAUCAAGAUUGAUGGGAGAACCACAUAUUCAACCAUUUUGAAUAGUAACGAUGUUAUCGAGGCUAGAAGUUGCACUGAUCCUUUUGUUCAUAAUGACACACCAGUGCAUAACAACACUUCAAGCCGCAAUGAUAUGUCAACUGGUAAUUCUACUUCAAGUGGAAGUGCUAAUUUGCGGGUAACCAAAAGGAUAAGUGAUAUAGUAAAAAUAUUGCUUGAUGAUGACUUUGACUCGAGGCCCUACAUAAUAGACAGAUGGAAGAUCGAAAACAACUACGAUAACUCAGUAAUAGAUGAAUAUAAAUACAAUAAGAAUGACGAUGACCAGGCAUUACUAUUUUACAAUCAUUCGUGUUUAUUAUUAAAUGAUAAUAGUCCAUUAGUUAUCCUAGAAUAUAUUGAAAAAGACCCUCUAGUUUUAUUAAAAAUUGGUAUGAACAGCAAACUAAAUCAUUACUUUAUGAGUAAUAAUGAUGAAAACUUAUAUUCCUUUGAAUAUAAAAAUAAAUUAAAAGAAGGUACAGAACCAUUUGGAGAAAUAAAUGUCAUAAAAAACGCAAUCAACUAUUUCGGUGUAUCUAUUAAAUUGAAAAAAGCAAAACAAAAAAUAACAUUUAUUGAAAAUGAAUUAUUUAAAGCCUUUUUAUUUACAUUACCUGUGUAUCGCCUGAACUGUUCAGAUGAAAAUCAAGAUAUUUUAAAUGAAAUAGAAGAGAAUGGUAGCGAGGUGCACAGUAAUGAUGAAAUGGAAGAUACAAUGGAUGGACAUCAUUAUAGUACGAAUUAUUCCUGUUUUAGUGAGAAAUGCCCGGAUGUAAGUCAAAAGAAAGAGGAUAAGGAAAACGAGAGCGAUGCAUCAUCAUAUCAUGCAGUAGAGGUGGGGGACGCGAAUAACGCGACGCUCAAUUUUUUAGAAAAGGAAGGGGAGGGAAAAAAUAAUAAUAAAAUAAAUAAAGGAGCGGAGAGUGAAGUAGUGGAAAACAAAGAAGUGGAAAAUAAAGCAGUGGAAAGUGAAGCAAUGGAAAAUAAAGCAAUGGAAAAUAAAGCAGUGGAAAGUGAAGCAAUGGAAAAUAAAGCAGUGGAAAGUGAAGCAAUGGAAAAUAAAGCAGUGGAAAGCGAAGCAAUGGAAAAUAAAGCAGUGGAAAACAAAGAGAAAGCAUCAAACAGAAGUUACUUCGUAAGGGGUAGAAAACCUGACGAGGUGAAUACUAAGGAGAAGAACAGUAAUGCCAUUCAUAAUGAUAAUUUAUUUUACAACACCGACUUCUUACUGAUACGCAGUGUGUCAUGUAACAAGUUUAAAAUUUUUAUGAAACCACUGUACGUUGACGUAAACAUUUGUAAGAUUCUGGAAAGGGAAGGUACUGCAGUGGAGAAUUAUGGAAAAGAUGAAAGUCUUUACGAGGGGGGAAAUAAUGAAGAACGAACAACGCAACAGGUAUCUGUCAAUAUAGCGUACGAGCAAGAUAAUAAAGAAAAAAUGGUAAAUAAUGAUUAUGCCAAAUGUGGAGUUCGUUUCGACUGUAAUGGUACCCACUGCACUGUGACCUACAAAAAGGAUCUUUUUGAGGAGGAAAAAGAGAAGGAAAAAGAGCAGUUAGGGAUCAGAGGAUUGAGUGGUAAUAUUAAUAGUAAUGCUAGUAGUGGUAGUAACGAUAGUAUUGGUGUUAGUGGUAGUGGAGGUAGUAGUGGUAACCACAUGAAUUGCAUUUUUUACAAUGUGGGAUUUUUAGAUAUGACUGUCGACAUGUUUAGCCCGUUAUAUAAGAAGUACAUAGGAGAAAAAAGAAAUUAUGUGAGGAGUUGGUUAGUAAAAUUAAUAGUGAAAUAUAAAAUAAAAGACGCUAAGAAGAUAAAAGAAAUUUUAAAACGAAAGUUGAGUACCUUUAUUAAUGAAAAAGAUAUGAAUGCUGUUGUGAAGUCGUUAGACUUUAACUGUUUAUUAAGUAAAGAUUAUAUUGAUGAAGAUGAUCAGAAGAAUUAUUAUAAAGUGAAAAAUGUAUGUAUUAUUGAAUGUAUAUAUCAUUAUUUACAGUUAUUUAAAUAUGAAGGAAUAAACUUUAAAAGUAUAUUAGAAAGAGAAGAAAAAUUAAAUACUCUUAUUUCUUUUUUUAAAAUGGAAAAAGAAAGAGCAAUAAAUAAUAUGGCAAAUGUUAAGAGGAAGAUGAACGUUAUAUAUGAAAGGUAUUGUUACAAAAAGGAAGCCAAAGCUAUCGAUUUUGAAAUAAAAGAAGAAGACAUCAAACUAACGCCUAUCAGUAACUAUUACUUUGUUGGAAAUUAUUUUUAUGAUAAUAAUAUGCUCAACUAUUUACUCUAUAUUAAAUAUUUAAUUUCGUAUUCUCCUUGGAAUGUGUUAAAAGAUUUUAGUGCCAGUAUUUCCAAUGAAGCCAAAAUUGGCACUGGGGGUUUUCAAGGAAAGCAAAGAAGGAAGAGAAGAAGUAGGAUAGGGAGAAGGAUAAGGAGAAGGAAAACAAAAAGGAAGAAGACAACGAUGAUAAUGAAAACAAUGAUGACUAUGCCAACAAAGAGCACAAGGUUUCAUGACGACCAAAUGGUACAUGGCCUAAGGAAAGCAACUACAGGGGAUAUCAUUAGGGGAAAAAGUGGGCAUGCACUGUCGGAAUCGGACAUGGGAAGUGAUACAUCUAAGGAGGAAGAGGAGGAGGAGGAGGAAGAACAAGAAGAAGCAGAAACUGCAGAAGAGGAAGAAGCAGAAACGGAGAAAGAAGAAGAAGAAGACGAAGAUGAUGAAGCGGAAGAAGACAAAACAGAUGAGAGCGAAUCGGAAAAUGCAGGGGGAGGAGGGUACACGAAUUACAGAAAAAAAAAGACCAAGUUGAAAAUGAAACUGGAAGAGGAAUCUGACCAACAUAUGGAUGAUAAGAGGGAAAGAAUAAAAAAAAAAAAAAAGAAAAAAAAAUUGAAGGAAGAAGGAGAAGAAGAUGAUGAUGAUGAGAGGGAGGCGGAGGAUGAGGAACAGCAUGAUCAGCAAGGGCAUUCCUUUGACAGAGAGGAGGAAAACUAUUACAGCACAAGUAUGAAAAGGAGGAACAAUUUCAAUGAUGGCAGUAGUAACGACUAUGUGUAUAGUAAUGACAAUGAAUCAGUUUACGAUCGCAUGGAAAAUGAAGGGAAAAAAAAGCAAAGAAAACACAGCAACAACAGCAGCAGCUGCAAUAACACCAACAAACAUAGUAACUGUGCAAAUAAGAAAAAAGCGAAAAAGAAUUAUUCAUAUGCUACUUAUUUAUUCAAUCAUAUUCUACUGAAUGAAAAGAUUCAAAGUAGCAGUUUACAUGAGAAAUCAAAGAGUAAGGAUAAGGAUGGCAAACCAUUUAGUACUAGGAAUGUUUUGAACAGAUACAAAAAUAGUGGAAUGAAAAAUAUGAAAAGCAAGCAUUCUGCAUAUACUCAUCAUAUCAGUAACCAUAUUAACAGUAUUAACAAUCACAGUAAUAUGCUACGAAGGGAAAUAGAUAAAACAGGAAAAAUAAUGGAAAGAAAAGGAGGUUGCAAUUUUGCAAAAAACAGUAAAAGCUACUUCUAUCACGGAAAAGGGAAAUAUAAUUUUAGCUACUUCCACACGAAGAAGCACAUGAUGGCACGUAUGCAAGAUGCAGUAAGUAGUAAGAGAAGAAUGGGGAAGAUGCGAAACGUAAAGCUGCAUAAGGGAUAUGCUGAGGAGGAGGAUGACGAAGAAGAAGAGGAUGACGAAGAAGAAGUGGAUGAAGAGGAUGAUGAAGAGGAUGACGAAGAGGAUGAAGCACACAUGAGAGCGAAUUACAGGAGUAAAAAAAAAGGAAAAGGUGCGGAUCUUCAGGGAUAUUAUUACUAUAGGGAAGAUAACAACCCCUUUGGUGUGGGUGCCAAUAGCAAGCACAAACAAAAGCGGCAGCAGGCUGAGAAUUAUCAAGUAGGAAGAAGAAAAAGAAAAUAUAACCGAGGAAGCAGCACACGUAGUAACGUAGAUAAUGAUGUACAUAAUGACGUACGUAGUGACAUAUGGAGUAACAACCAUAGGGAUAGUGAUGUGUUGGGUACGUGUGAAUUUAACGAUAAAAGAAUUGCUAGACAAGAAAAUAUACAAAGCACCUUAAGGGUUAUUCCAUAUUUAAGUGUGAAGGAAGUGACAAGAUUACUUUUAAACAUGAAUUUUAGUAUGAAUGAUAUAAAAAAGAUGAGUAGAAAUAUACAAAUAAAUAAAUUAAAAAGAAGCAUAAAAGGUGGGUACCUAACUAACCAAAAUAAAAUUAUGUACAUAGCAAUGAUUAAAAAAAUUAUUUCGGAGCAAUUUAAAAAUUUACAUUACCCUGUUCAGUUAAAAUAUAAUAAUAAUAUUUUAUAUUUCAAUGAAAAAAAAAGCAUCUCGUACGGUUUACAAGAAAAAGAUAAGAUAUACUCAAGGGAACAAAAAGAAAUUGGAAAGAUGAAAAAUUCGUGUUUACUUGUUAAGAAGAGAAAAAAAGUAGAAAAGAACAGGAUUAAAUUAAUUAAACGUUUCGUUCAGGUUUCUUCGAGCGAUGAGUAUUCCUCAUGUGAAUCGUCUUCCACGUCAUCUUCGUCUAUUUCUGCGUGUGCGUGUGGAUGUGCAGAUAGGCAUGCACAUAAACAUACGCAUGCGGGCGUACUCACCUCCACGUCAUUUCGUUCCCCGUGCGCUGCAAAAGUGAGCCCUCCUAGUGAGGAGAACGAAAGGAGUAAAACAAAAAAAAAAAAAGAAAAAGAAAAAGAAAAAAGAAAUUAUGAACAUAGACAUGCGAUUAAGGAUGAGGAUGAUGAAGAGGAAGUGGAAGAAGACGAAAUAAAGCAUCUUGAAAUAAUGCGUGAAAUACAGACGAAAAAAGAUAAUUAUGAUGACAAUGAAAUGAAUUAUAAAUUAAUUUAUUGUUUGAAGUGGACAAGGGUAUACAUUAGAAGGACUGAUGAUAACAGUUUGAAUAUACUUGAUUUUGAAAAUUAUGAUUAUAUGCAUGAUGUCAGUAAAAAUAAUAACAAUGAUAUUAGUAAAAAUAUGAACGAAGGAUAUGAUAUGGUACAAAAUUCAUUAUAUAACAACAAUAGGAAUGAGAAUGAAAGUAAGUAUUUACCAAAUGAUGAGGAAAAAAAAAAAAAAAAAAAAUUUUCCUUUGACAAUGUAAAAAGCAAAAAUAAUAUUUUAUUAAAAAACUCUUUUAAGCCUAUAGAGAAAUACUUUAUGAAUGAAAAUAAUAAAAUUGUAAAUGUACAAACAUUGUAUAUUUAUGGAAAGAAGAAUAUUAACGCAUUUUUAAAAUGGAAGAGUUUUAGAAGUAUGCUGAAGAAAUAUUUCACUCUUCUUAAACACAGAGAAGAGGAAAACAAAGAAGUGCAAAAUGGGCAAGUGCGAGUAGGGGAUAUAGAAGGACGAGAAUUGUAUAAAGAACAAUUUUUAAACGAAAAUUUAGUUAACGCUCAACACAUUUAUAAUGACGAUGAAGAACAUCCAUUGCUACAUGGUGGUACCCUUUUGGGGGAAAAUAAAAAAAGAAAACAUAAAAAAUAUAGAAGAAGAGCAGGAGCUCCUUCAGCAAGCUUUAAAAACAUACUUGACAUUUUUCCAACGGUGAGCGAAGAAAUGAAGGCUUGGCACAUAAGUAAAAAAGUAGUAGAAAAUAAUGAGUUGAAUAUAGAAAAGAAAAAAAUGAAAAACAAAAAUGUAGAUAUCAGUGAACGUCUUAAGGAGAAGGAGAGGAACAGAAAAAUGGGAAAAUUGCAAGCGCAUAGGAACAAUGGCCACCAUAGUAGUAUCCAUAGCGUCCACAACAGCUGUAACAUAAAAGGAAUGAACAAAAAGCUCGUGAACACGAACUACUCCAUCAAUAUUAAGAAGAACAGUAAAAGGGUUCAUGCCGCUGCUACGGUAAAACAUAGGGAUAAAAAUGCUUCUUCUCGUCAGUCCGUCAAACUAGCAGUUAUACGAAGGGGCAGAGGUGCAAAAUCGAAAGAAGAGAACAGGGAAAAGUACGACCUCGAUUUGAAUGGCCAAUCCGAGGUCAUCAAAGGAGAAGUAGUGGAAGGAGCGGAAGUAGAAGCGGAAGUAGAAGCGGAAGUGGAAGCGGAAGUGGAAGCGGCGAAAUACAAUGAUGAUGGUUAUUAUGGUGAACGUUAUGGUGAUCUCUAUGAUGGUAGCCAUGAUGGCCGUUAUGAUGAACCUUAUGAUGAUCGUUAUGAGGGUCAGCAUGAUGACAGUGCACUAACCGGAACAGGAAAGAGGAAAAAUUUUAAAGACUCAGUCAAGGAAAAAAAUGGCAGCUCAGUAUAUGUAGACGUAAAGGAAGAUGAGGUUAAUAAAAAGAAAAGCAAAAGGAGAAGGAAAGGGAAAGAAGAAAAAACAAAAGAAGUAGAAUGGGAGAAGAAAAAGGAAAAAGAGAAAGUAGGUGAAGAAGCAGAGUGGGAAAAAGAGAAGGAUAUAGAGAAAGAGAAGGAGGAAAGAAAAGGAAAAAAGAAAAUCAACCACGAACAGUUAAGUACAAUCCAUUCGGGGGAAAAAAGUUUAAGACGAACGUCUAGCAUGAUAUCAGAGGGAAGUGCGAUCCUCAAUACACUUAAUGAUAAGAGCAUAGACGAAAAUAGUCGCAAAAAAUUGAAAAAAGGAAAUACUUAUAAUAAUAUAAAAGAUAUAAUUGAAAAGUUCAAUGAGAAUUUAUUAAAAAUUAUGAGAGACGUAUCUCAAGUAAUGAACUAUAAAGCUUUUUUAAAUGAAGUAAAUGAAACAUAUGCACCGAUGUAUUAUAGUGUAAUAAAGAAACCUAUGUAUAUAAAUAAAAUAAUAUUUAGAUGUAAAAAAAGAAAAUACAAUAGUUUAAAUUUAUUUUUUAAUGAUGUUAAUUUAAUUGUUAGUAAUUGUAAGCUUUAUAAUACACCUACAUCAGUUAGUUCUUACUUAUGUGCAAUAGUUGACAAUAUGUUUGUUGACAUUGUUAAUAGAGUAAAAAAUAAUGAUGACUUACAGAAUUAUAAUACUAUAUUAAGUGAACAUUUUUAUAAAAAUAAAAAUUUUAACAAUACAUGGGAUAGUUUUAGUAUUGAACCGAAUGAUAUUAUAUUUAAUUAUUCGUCCACUAGUUUAAAUAAAGGAAAUGAUUUAAAUAUUAAUAUUACUAAACAAGAACCCUUUUUAAAUAAUUCUAUGUUUUCCUUAGAUCUAUGUUCUAACGACACAGGCAAAAACUCAAACACCUUUGAUGCGGAAAUGAACUCAAACAAUUUCUCUGCUUGUUUGAAUAGCAACAAUAUUGAUUCCUUCCCUAUUUCUGAGAAUGCCAUCAUUGAUGUGCACGGUGAUCCGAACGAUCAUAUGAACGAUGAUGCGAACGACCAUGUGGACGAUAAUGCUAAUGAGAAUGCGGAGGAGAAUCGAUAA